AUGAGUAUGGGAUCGCCCGAAUGGGGGUCAUGGAUUCUAGAUGAGGAAAAGUUGUUAAUGAAUGAGUGCAAGGCCCUUCCACUGUUGAAAUCCGCCUUUGAUCGAGGACUGAACACUUGGGACACAGCGAAUAACUACUCCAACGGCAAGUCGGAAGAGAUUAUUGGAAAGGCUAUCAAGCAAUAUAAUAUCCCAAGGCACAAACUCGUCAUCCUUACCAAGUGCUGGGCACCAGUUAGCGAACAUGACAACAUGUAUGUUGUCCCAUUUGCAGAGGAAAUGCGCCAGGACAAGGAUUAUGUCAAUCAAUUUGGCCUUUCUCGACAGGCUAUCUUCCACGCAGUAAACGCCUCCCUCAAACGCCUGGGUCUCGACUAUAUUGAUGUCUUUCAAAUCCAUCGCUUUGACCCAUUCACCCCCAUCGAAGAGACAAUGGAGGCUCUGCAUGACCUCGUGCAGAGUGGCAAGGUUCGCUACAUUGGAGCCAGCUCGAUGAGGACUUAUCAAUUUGCGAUGAUGCAGUUUUGUGCUGAGAAGCACAAUUGGACAAAAUUCAUUUCAAUGCAAAACCAGUACAGUCUCACCUACCGCGAGGAGGAACGUGAAAUGAACCGCUUUUGCAACGAAACCGGAGUUGGUCUCAUUCCGUGGAGUCCGCUUGAUGCAGGACGACUAGCUCGUCCCGUUGCGCAAGUUGGUACCACCGCUCGUUUGGAGAAUGUCAAGCCGAGUGAUAUACCAAAGGCAGACGUGGCCAUUAUUAAUCGCGUGGAGGAGCUGGCCAAGAGGAAGAACUGGUCCAUGAGUCAGGUGGCAUUGGCUUGGAUAAAUAGACGUGUUGCUAGUCCCAUAGUUGGCUUUAGUUCUGUGGAGAGGAUUGACCAGGCUUCGAGUUACGAGGAUCGGCUCCUGACGGAGGAUGAAGAGAGGUACCUUGAGGAGCCGUACUUGCCCAAAGCAGUGGGUGGUCAUGAUUGA